ACUUCACUUCCUACUUUCACUUUCACGUUCUUCUCUCUUCUCCCCUUUUCUCUUUGAUUGUUCUCACCUCCAUGUUUCUUCCUUCCAACAGCUCACCCUCCAUCAAUUCUUCUUAUUCUUAAUUUCAAACCCUGUUAUCAACAACCCCAAUUCAUCCUUCUCCUCAAUUACCAACAGUUCACUUCCAUCAAUUUCUCUUAUUCCCAAUUUCAAACCCUAAUUCCAAUUUUGGGUUACAAAGACAAACCAAAUACUAAUUGGAGAUUCUUUGUAAAAAAUAUUAGAGAUUUGAUUUCCAAUUACACAAAAUCUAUAGAGGAGCUUGUCAGAUCUGAGCCAUCGGAGCCUGUCGUUCUUUUCAGACAGAAUGGAGAUUCCUGAACAUCGCAAGUGGAUGGAUAAUAGGAUGCGUCCUGAUAAUAGUAGAGUUACAGAUGAGUUUUUGGCCGGGGUUUGUGAGUUUGUUGAGUUUGCUUGUGCACAAGAUGAUUUCAAAAAAGUAGGAAAGUUGAGAUGCCCAUGUAAAAUAUGCAAGUGUAGAAAGCCUCAGUCAGUUGACGAUGUCAUGAAACAUCUUUGUAUGAAGGGGUUUAAGGAGGAUUACUAUUACUGGAGUAGCCACGGUGAACAAAGGCCUUCGGUUAUGCCAGUGGUUUCAAACAACUCCUAUUAUGGAAGCAUUGGGAUACGGGAAGACUUCAAUAACUUUGAGCAAAUGGUAAUGGAUGCAGCUGGACCAUCUCUUGGUUAUUAUCUUGAGCAAGAAGAGUUUGCUUGUCCAGAACAAAUAAGGGAGGAUCCUGACCCACAAGCAGAAAGUUUUUUUAAGAUGUUGAAAGCUGCACAAGCUCCCUUGUAUCACGGUUGUGAAAGUUAUUUAGAACUGUCAGCUGCAAUACAAGCAUUAAGUAUAAAGUCUGACUUCAAUAACUCACAGAAUUGCUUUAAUAAAUGGGUAGAGUUUAUGGGGAAAGCAUUGCCAAAUGACAAUCGAAUGCCUAAAAACUACUAUCGUGCAAAGAAAUCAGUGGAAAAGCUUGGAUUGGGUUGCAUAAAGAUUCAUUGCUGCCCAAAUGAUUGUAUGAUUUACUACUAUCCAGAAGAUAAGAAUCUCCGUAAUUGUAAAAUAUGCGGCGAAAACCGUUACAAAAGUGUCACUAGAAAUGGCAAGAUUAGAGAUGUUCCUUUAAAAAAGAUGUGGUAUUUCCCUAUUAUCCCAAGGCUUCAAAGACUAUAUUCCUCAAUGCAAACUGCAAGCCAAAUGAGGUGGCAUCAUGAUGUUACAAGAGACGAUGGAUAUUUAUCUCAUCCAGCUGAUGGAGAAGCUUGGAAGCAUUUUGAUGAAAGCUAUCCUGAAUUUGCAAAGGACCCUCGAAAUGUGAGGUUGGGGUUGUGUGCUGAUGGAUUUGCACCAUUUGAUAAAACAGGUAGAACAUAUUCAUGUUGGCCAGUGGUUAUUACUCCUUACAAUCUUCCACCUUGGAUGUGCAUGAAAAGAGAGUUCUUAUUCUUAACUGUUUUAAUUCCGGGCCCUUCUAAUCCAAAAGGGAGAAUUGAUGUGUAUAUGCAGCCACUGAUAGACGACCUUAAACUUUUGUGGAAUUCUGGUGUGAUGACAUAUGAUGUCUCAUUACAACAGAAUUUUGUCAUGAAAGCUUGUUUAUUGUGGACAAUUAAUGACUUUCCUGCAUAUGGGAUGUUGUCGGGUUGGAUGACAAUGGGAAGGCUUGCAUGUCCUAUUUGUAUGGAGUCUACGAAAGCAUUUACCCUUCAACAUAGUCACAAGACAACUUUUUUUGACUGUCAUCGCCAAUUCUUAUCACCUGAUCAUUGCUAUAGGAGGAAUAAGACUGCUUUUAGGAAGAGUAAAGAUGAGACAUCAUCGCCCCCAAAAAGGUUGACCGGUGAAGAAAUGUGGGAAAGGGUCAAGGAUUUACCGAGCAUAAUUGGACCUCCAUAUGAUGAUUUUCCAGGGUAUGGACUUCUCCACAAUUGGACCAAACAAACCAUCUUUUGGCAGUUGCCAUAUUGGAAGACAAAUCUUCUCCCACAUAAUCUAGAUGUCAUGCAUAUUGAAAGAAAUGUAUUUCUUAAUAUCUUGUAUACUGUUAUGGACACCAAGGGAAAAACAAAGGACACUUUUAAUGCUAGAUUGGACUUGGCAGAUAUUUGUAGAAGGAAAGAUUUGGAGCUACAAGAUGUUGGAGGGGGAAAGCUUAAGAAGCCAAAAGCAAAGUACGCAUUAACAAAACAACAAAGAUUAUCUGUGUGUGAAUGGGUCAGAAAACUAAAGCUACCAGAUGGGUAUGCAUCUACCUUAUGUAGAUGUGUUGACUUGCGGGAAGCAAAGUUAUUUGGAAUGAAAAGUCAUGACUGCCACGUGUUCAUGCAACGCUUGCUUCCUAUUGUAUUCAGAUCUCUACCCGACCCUAUUUGGAACACCCUAACAGAGUUUAGUCAAUUCUUCCGAGAGCUUACUUCGCCUAUAUUAAAAAAGGAGAAUUUACAUGUAAUGGAGAAAAAUAUCCCAAUCAUUUUGUGUAAGUUAGAACAAAUAUUUCCCCCUAGUUUCUUCGACUCUAUGGAGCAUCUUCCAAUACAUUUACCGUAUGAAGCUAGGGUUGGUGGUCCCGUGCAAUAUCGAUGGAUGUAUCCUUUUGAAAGGUUUAUUCGUACCUUAAAAGAUAAGGUCACAAACUCAUCUUCUGUCGAGGGCUCUAUUUGUGAAGCGUACUUAGUGGAGGAGGCCUCUACGUUUGCGUCUUACUAUUAUCCACCUGAUGUUACUUGUAGAAGGACAAGAGUGCCACGGAAUGAUGAUGGAGGCGAAAGUUGUUCAAUCAGACAACCUUUGUCUAUCUUUAAUUAUCUUGGGCGUCCUUCUGGGAAAUGUACAACCUACUUCCUACAAGACAAAGAAAUGAAAGCUGCACAUCUCUAUGUUCUUCUAAAUUGUCCAGAAGUUGAGCCAUUUUUGUCCAUGUAUACGGAUAUGCUUCAAGAUCUUGGUGUAGCCGACUCAGAAGUUGACAAAGUAAUCUCCACAUCAUUUCCUAAUUGGUUCAGCGAAUAUGUCUCAAAGAACCAUGUUGAAGAUAACUUUUUGAGGAGUUUGGCAUGGGGGCCCAAGAGAAAAGUCAACAAAUGGUCAGUGUAUUAUGUAAAUGGAUACAAGUUUAAUACCAUAGAUCAUGGUAAUGGGAUGAGUACAACAAAUUGUGGCGUAUCUGUUCAAGGUGGUGAAGAUGGGGAAAUUGACAAUGAUUACUAUGGUGUCUUAACUGACAUUGUUGAAGUUUACUAUACUGGAUGGCCAAUAAAGACGUUGGUUUUGUUCAAAUGUGAUUGGUUUGAUCCCACUUUGAAUCAAGGUAAAAAGGUAGAUAGUUAUGGAAAUGUUGAAGUUAGAGUAUCUAGGAAAUAUAAACAUUAUGACCCAUUUAUAUUUGCACAACAAGCAAAACAAGUAUACUUCACACAGUAUCCUGAAGGAAAAAAAGAUUGGUUGGCUGUGAUUAAGACCAAGGCGAGAAGCACAAUUCAAACUUUAGAAGAUAGUAAGCCGGAGAAAGAAGUUCCAUACCAAGAUGAAUCAAUCACACAAUCACACGCAAAUCCAGACAUAGAUACAUCAUCCUACACACCAAAUAACAUCAAAUGGGGGUCAAAGGAUAGAUCAGAUGGACGAAUUUGGAUAAGAUCAGAACUUGGAAAUAACUUUUAUCCAGAAGAGGUAGUGAGGAGUGCUAUAACAAAAAUUUUCAAGGAAAAUUUUGGUGGGGCGUGGUCAUGCUGGAAAGAUGCAAAACAAAAUGAGGAAGUACCGUUGCUUUGGUUUAAUGAUUUUAAGGCUAAAUUCAAGUGGCUUGCAAAUGAUGAAGCUAACAUUAAAAAGAGCUUUAAUAGUAGGGGGUCUUUGGCAUUAAAAAAUGCCUUGUUCAAGGUGCGUAGUGGUGAAGAUAAAGGUGAAUGGGUUGGUGUAGACAACUUGAAACAGUUGGAGGUUAAAUGGAAAGAAGAGAAAUGGCAAAACAAUUCUUUGACUAAUAAACAAAACAGGCAGUCUAAAGUUGGGCACCAUGUGCAUAGUGGAGGAUCCAUAUCUGCUAGAGUGCAUAGCAAAAAAAUGAGAGUGGAAUUGGAUAGGGAACCAACAUGGUUUGAGAUUUAUGACAAACUUCAUAGACCAAAAGGGAAACCAGAUGGGUGGUUUAAUGAAACACAAGCUAAGAUAGCUGAAAUGUACCAAACUCAAAUGUUUGAGAAACACUCUCAAAGUGGUGAGAUUAGUAGUCAACAACCUACUGAAGAAAUUCACAAUGAUAUUUAUAUGGAAAUUGUUGGAGGCAUUAACAAGAAGGGGCGCAUAUUUGGAUUAGGAUCUCAAGCUGCUGUUGUCAAAGAAUCUUUGAGACCGUCACGCUCAAUUUCUACCGAUGUACCUUCUUCUGAAAAAGUUACUGCUAUGGAGGCUAAGAUUGAAGCAUUAACCGCUGAACUUGAAAAGAAAAAUCUUGAACAAGAAACACUAAAACAAAAGAUGGAGCGCUUGGAGCAAAUGAUUGGGAAUAUUGUGCCUAAUAUGAACACUUCAAUUCUGCCGGAAGGAGAAGGUGAUAAUGGUGACAACUAGAUAGAUGAACUUUAGCUUAAUUGGUUGCUUUUAUUUUGGUAUCUUUUGUUAGAUCAAACAUAUCAUGGUCUUUUAUAUUUUAGACAACUUUAUGUUAGUAACUACUAAGUGGAUUGAUGGUAAACUUAUCUUGGUAACUACUAGGUGGAUUGAUGAUAAACUUUAGUUUAGUUACCUUUAAUAUUUUGUGAUGAUAUUUUGUUUUUAUGAAUUCUCCUAACUUGAUGGGUAUCAAAAUAUUAUUGACAUUCUUGAAA